CGGCGGUGGCCCCCGGGGGCCGGUUCCGGGACCGUCGCAGCGGGGUCGCGCUGCUGAGCGCGGGGGGCUCCCCGGCCGACGGGGACACGGCGCUCUUGGAGGCGGCGCGGGCCACCCCGCGGCGCAGCAGCAUCAUCAAGGACCCUUCAAACCAAAAAUGUGGUGGAAGAAAAAAAACUGUGUCUUUCAGCAGCAUGCCCUCAGAGAAGAAGAUCAGCAGUGCCAGUGACUGCAUCAGCUUCAUGCAAGCGGGCUGUGAACUGAAGAAAGUGCGGCUCAACUCACGGAUUUACAAUCGUUUUUUUACUCUGGACACAGAUCUCCAAGCUCUUCGCUGGGAACCUUCUAAGAAAGAUCUCGAGAAAGCCAAGCUGGACAUUUCUGCCAUAAAAGAGAUCAGACUGGGGAAGAACACGGAGACAUUUCGAAACAACGGUCUUGCCGAUCAGAUUUGUGAGGACUGUGCCUUUUCCAUACUCCAUGGGGAGAACUAUGAAUCCCUGGACCUAGUUGCCAAUUCAGCAGAUGUGGCAAAUAUUUGGGUAUCGGGGUUACGGUACCUGGUUUCCCGAAGUAAACAGCCCCUUGAUUUUAUGGAUGACAACCAGAACACACCGAGGUUCCUGUGGUUGAAAUCAGUGUUUGAAGCAGCAGACGUUGAUGGAAAUGGCAUUAUGUUGGAGGACACCUCUGUAGAGUUAAUAAAACAACUCAACCCUACCCUAAAGGAGUCCAAAAUCAGGUUAAAGUUUAAAGAAAUCCAGAAGAGCAAAGAAAAAUUAACUACCCGAGUGACAGAGGAAGAAUUCUGUGAAGCUUUUUGUGAACUUUGCACCAGACCCGAAGUGUACUUCUUACUUGUACAAAUAUCAAAGAACAAAGAAUAUCUGGAUGCCAAUGAUCUCAUGCUCUUUUUAGAAGCUGAGCAAGGAGUCACCCAUAUUACUGAGGAAAUGUGCUUAGACAUAAUUCGGAGAUAUGAACUUUCUGAAGAGGGUCGUCAAAAAGGAUUUCUGGCAAUUGAUGGCUUUACCCAGUAUUUAUUGUCACCAGAAUGUGACAUUUUUGAUCCUGAGCAGAAAAAGGUUGCCCAAGAUAUGACUCAGCCAUUAUCUCACUACUAUAUAAAUGCUUCUCACAACACCUAUCUCAUCGAAGACCAGUUCCGGGGACCUGCUGAUAUAAAUGGUUAUAUCAGAGCUUUGAAAAUGGGCUGUCGAAGCAUUGAACUUGACGUCAGUGAUGGUCCAGACAAUGAACCCAUCCUCUGUAAUCGAAACAACAUGGGGACCCACCUUUCCUUCCGAAGUGUCAUAGAAGUGAUAAGCAAGUUUGGCUUUGUUGCUUCUGAGUACCCCCUUAUUCUUUGCUUGGGAAACCAUUGCUCCCUAUCCCAGCAGAAGAUAAUGGUUGAACAAAUGAAGCUGGUCUUUGGCAAUAAACUCUAUACUGAGGAGCCUUUGGCAUCAGAAUCCUAUCUACCCUCACCAGAAAAACUCAAAAGAAUGAUCAUCGUGAAAGGCAAAAAGUUGCCACCUGAUCCAGAUGUUUUAGAAGGAGAAGUCACAGAUGAAGAUGAAGAAACCGAAAUGUCUCGCCGAAUGUCAGCUGAUUACAAUGGUGAGCAGAAACAAAUCUGGUUGUGUCGGGAGCUCUCUGAUCUGGUGUCCAUCUGCCAGUCUGUUCAAUACAGGGACUUUGAGGUGUCUAUGAAGAGCCAAAACUACUGGGAAAUGUGUUCCUUUAGUGAAACAGAGGCCAGUCGAAUCGCAAACGAAUACCCCGAGGAUUUUGUAAAUUAUAACAAGAAGUUCUUAUCAAGAAUCUAUCCAAGUGCCGUGAGGAUUGAUUCCAGUAACCUGAAUCCACAAGACUUCUGGAAUUGUGGCUGUCAGAUUGUAGCCAUGAAUUUUCAGACUCCGGGUCCAAUGAUGGACCUUCACACGGGCUGGUUUCUUCAGAAUGGAGGCUGUGGAUAUGUUUUGAGGCCAUCUAUUAUGCGGGAUGAAGUUUCCUAUUUCAGUGCCAAUACAAAGGGCAUUGUACCGGGGGUGUCUCCUCUAGCUCUUCAUAUCAAGAUCAUCAGUGGUCAGAAUUUUCCAAAGCCCAAAGGAGCUUGUGCCAAAGGGGACGUUAUAGAUCCUUAUGUUUGCAUCGAGAUACAUGGGAUACCAGCAGACUGUGCAGAGCAAAGAACUAAAACGGUACAACAGAAUAGCGAUAAUCCCAUUUUUGAUGAGACUUUUGAGUUUCAAGUGAAUUUACCUGAACUGGCAAUGAUUCGUUUUGUUGUUCUGGAUGAUGACUAUAUUGGGGAUGAGUUCAUUGGACAAUAUACAAUACCAUUUGAAUGCUUACAGCCUGGAUAUCGGCAUGUCCCUCUUCGCUCCUUUGUGGGUGACAUCAUGGAGCAUGUUACCCUUUUUGUCCACAUCGCUAUAACAAAUCGAAGUGGAGGAGGGAAAGCGCAGAAACGCAGCCUUUCAGUGAGAAUGGGGAAGAAAGUGCGGGAAUAUACAAUGCUCAGGAAUAUCGGUCUUAAAACCAUAGAUGACAUCUUUAAAAUAGCAGUUCAUCCCUUACGAGAAGCCAUAGAUAUGAGAGAAAAUAUGCAGAAUGCCAUUGUGUCCAUCAAGGAGCUGUGUGGACUCCCUCCAAUUGCCAGUCUGAAACAGUGCCUGUUGACCCUGUCCUCUCGGCUCAUUACUGGUGACAACACUCCCUCGGUCUCUCUUGUGAUGAAAGACACCUUUCCUUAUCUGGAACCUCUGGGAGCUAUUCCAGAUGUCCAGAGAAAGAUGCUGGCUGCUUAUGAUCUGAUGAUUCAAGAAAGCCGAUUCCUCAUAGAAAUGGCGGACUCAGUUCAUGAAAAGAUUGUUCAGUGUCAGAAAGCAGGGAUGGAGUUCCAUGAGGAGCUUCAUAAUCUGGCAGCAAAAGAAGGCCUGAAAGGAAGAAAACUCAACAAGGCAUCAGAGAGCUUUGCAUGGAACAUAACAGUAUUGAAGGGACAGGGAGAUCUGCUGAAGAAUGCCAAGAAUGAAGCCAUAGAAAAUAUGAAGCAGAUUCAGCUGGCCUGCUUGUCCUGUGGACUGAGCAAAGCCCCCAGUAAUGCCGAGGCCAAGAGCAAGCGCAGCCUAGAAGCCAUUGCAGAGAAGGAAAGCAGCGAGGAGAAUGGAAAGCUGUGAUUGUGGCCUUCAGAGGACUUGGUGUUUUCUUUCUUUCAUCUUUUUUAGAAAUUCACACACACACACACACACGCACACACACACACACACACACACACACAC